AUGUCUGACCAGGAUAUUAUGGCAGAGAAAUAUGCCGUCAGGAAAAAGUCAUCGAUUCGCCGCCCAUGGCUGACACUUUGCGCCUUCAGAAUCGACUUUAUCCUCAUCCCCGUUCUCGCCCUCGCCUUUUUCGCGCUGCAGAUGGAUCGCGGCAACAUCAGCGCCGUCUUGACCUCGACCAUCACCAAAGACCUGGGUAUCACCACCAACCAGAUUAACCGCAUUGGACCGCGUGUGUGGCUAUCGGGCCAAUUGUUUGCCUGGGGUCUCGUUGCUACUUUCCAAGCCUUUGUGCAGUCCUAUCCUGCGUACCUGGUGACUCGGAUUCUGUUGGGCAUCUGUGAGGGUGGAUUUAUUCCUGGUGCUCUAUACUACCUCUCCACCUGGUGCAAAAAGGACGAGACUAGCCUCCGGACCAGCCUGUUCUUUUACGGUCAGAUGUUUGCCUCGGCUACAUCGAGCUUGAUUUCAGCUGGCCUGUUGAACCUUUCUGGUCGCCACGGGCUGGAGGGCUGGCGAUGGAUAUUCCUCGUGGAAGGCCUGCUCACACUGUUCGUGGGAAUUGUAUUCACCCUACUGAUACCACCCAAUGCGGGUGACGGUCGGCCCCUGAUCAGCUUCGGUCGUUGGAGCUAUUUCACUGAGCGCGAGUCCCAAAUUAUCCGCGAUCGGGUUCUUUUGGAUGAUCCUCGCAAGGCGCAGGGGCAUGUCCAGAUCUCACGCUCCGAUAUCUGGAAGACUCUCAAGCAGCCACGUAUCAUGCAGCAUGUAUUCCUGACGCUUCUGGCUAUGUCAGGUUUCCAGGCCUUGACGCAAUACACUCCCAGCAUGAUCAAGUCCAUGGGCUUCAGUGCAAUCCGUGCCAAUGCGCUUGCGUCAGUUCCAGUGUACUGCAGCAUCGUAUGGUUGACCAUUCUGUCUAUUGGAGCGGACCUGUCAAAACAUCGUGGCCCAUUUGUGCUUCUCGCCAUUACUUGGAAUGUUAUCUCCUACGCCUGCCUACGGAAAACCCCAUAUGCAUCGUCGCAGUGGCAUCGAUACGGUGUUAUUGCCGUGGCAAUUAUAUUGAAUGUGGGUUGGUUGUCGGUCUAUUGCCAUACACCACAAGAGCGAAGUGUAGCUCUGGCUCUGGUUGUCAUGGCGGCGAACUGUGGCGGAAUCUCAGGCUCCCAGAUCUUCCGAACGUAG